GUGGACCACCGCCCCGCUGUCAAAAGAGUGUCCCAGCUAACCACUCCGCGGAGUGUUGAAAACACAAGACCAAGUUGACACCUAUCCGGUCAGCUGUUUGAGAGUCAAACUCGGAAUACUUUAAAGAAUAUCAUCAUCAUCAGUAGGAUUCAACCGUAAACCAUAGCCACGUUACAAAAUUGCUAGCUUGCUACCUUCGUUAUACCCAUCUUUUCGAUAGCUAGCAAGCUAAUCUAAACCGCCGAACAAAUUGUUAGCGUAGACAUUUAGCUUCUGUGGGACUUUACAAUGGGAUCCAGAGCGUCGACAUUACUGAGAGAGGAGGAGAUUGAAGAAAUCAAAAAGGAGACCGGCUUUUCCCACAGCCAGAUCACCCGGCUCUACAGUCGCUUUACCAGCUUGGACAAAGGAGAGAACGGCACGCUCAGUCGGGAAGAUUUCCAGCGGAUCCCAGAGUUGGCCAUCAAUCCUCUGGGAGACAGAAUCAUCAAUGCCUUCUUUCCUGAGGGGUCGGACAGGGAGGACCAGGUCAACUUCAGGGGCUUCAUGAGAACACUUGCUCACUUCCGUCCCAUAGAAGACAACGAGAAGAACAAGGACCCCACUGCCUCCGAGCCACUCAACAGCAGGAGCAAUAAGCUACUCUUUGCUUUCCGGCUGUAUGACCUGGACAGAGAUGACAAGAUCUCCCGUGACGAGCUGCUACAGGUUCUUAGGAUGAUGGUUGGUGUGAACAUCUCUGACGAGCAGCUGGGCAGCAUUGCUGAUAGGACCAUCCAGGAGGCCGACCAGAACGGAGACAACUCUAUUUCCUUUAAUGAGUUCAUCAAGGUACUGGAGAAGGUGGACGUGGAGCAGAAGAUGAGCAUCCGCUUCCUGCACUGAGACACUAAUGGGCUUCCUGACAGGACUGUCUCUGAUUGGACCCCAUUCUGACAGGACUGUCUCAAAUUGGCUGGACCCUCCACCUUCACAAUGCCCGUUGGACCAAGACCCAAGCUGUGUCCCUACUGGCACCCUAUUCCCUAUAUAGUGCGCUACUUUUGACCAGGGCCCAUAGGGCUCUGUUAUGUAGUGCACUCAUUUUGUUUAGGGCCCAUCGGUUCCAAGUCAAAAGUAGUGCACAACAUAGGAAAUAGGAUGCCGUUUCGGACGCAACCCCACUCCCAUCUCAACACUAUGCACUCUCUCUCUCUGACCCUCCUCCAUACAGUACUAUGCUCGCUCUCGCUCUCUCUGACCCCUCCUCCAUACAGUACUAUGCUCGCUCUCGCUCUCUCUGACCCCUCCUCCAUACAGUACUAUGCUCUCCCUCCCUCCCUCCCUCUCUCCCUCCCUCUCUCUGACCCCUCCUCCAUACAGUACUAUGCUCUCUCUCCCUCCCUCCCUCUCUCUAACCCCUCCUCCAUACAGUACUAUGCUCUCUCUCCCUCCCUCCCUCUCUCUGACCCCUCCUCCAUACAGUACUAUGCCCUCUCUCGCUCUCGCUCUCGCUCUCUCCCACACCAAGGAUUUGGUAGAACAGAUAAUGUUAGUUUAUUAUUUCUGCUCUGUAAACUGAAGGGAAUACAUGCGUGCCUUGAGAUGUUUUAUGUUGACUCUACUACGUCUCUCAGAGAUGGAACCUUAUUUAUUGUUUAGACCGUUCAAGGUUGAACUAGAUCUCAAUGUUUAUUACCAAGGCUCUCUGUGUUAUAACACCUUCAUGACUUAUAACAUGUUUAAAACAUGUUAAAAACAUGUUUGGUGUCGUUCCAUGUAAGGUAGGGCUUUAUUGUGAUGUUAGCCAGGGCAGAAAAGGCCAAAUCUAUCCUCUUUAUUUAAGCUAACUUUUUUAUCAACAAACAAAAAAAGUGUUUCUGCUUGCUUUGUCAGUAUGAACAUGCAGAUGUAAAAGAUAUGUACAUUUCUCUCUAGUAAGGUGUGAUGUGUUAUUGCUAACAAGGAAUGAUGUUCGUUCCUUUCUUUCUCACUGAGCAACAACUUGUUCUCCAGGGCAGGGUUUCCUAAACUCAGCCCCCUCCUCUUGGGUACAUGUUUAGGUUUUUUCCCCAGCUGCACUACACAGCUGACUCAAAUACCCAACUCCUUAUCAGGCUUUGAUUGUUUGAAUCAGCUGUGUAGUGCAGCUGGGAAAAACAAUAAAACGUGCACCCAAGAGGGGGGGGGGGGGGGGGGCCCAGGACCUGAGGAACCCUGCCCUAGAUCAAGUCUGUGCUCCAAAUGUCACCCUAUUCCCUUCAUAGUGCACUACUAUAGACCAGAGCCCUAUUCCCUUCAUAGUGCACUACUAUAGAUCAGAGCCCUAUUCCCUUCAUAGUGCACUACUAUAGACCAGAGCCCUAUUGAGUGAAUCUUGGCCAUUUGGGACUCAGUCUAAGUUUCCUCAGUGUCUGUCAAUAGGCCACGCUAGUAUUGUCGGACACUAUUUUGCAAUUACCCUUUUUUUGUUUUUGAGAAUUCAUAAUUUUUUUACAUUUCUUUACCCACUAGUGCCAUGGUGUUGUUCUCCCAUCCUUCAAUAUCAUAAGGGUCAAAUGGGAACUAAGUUGUUAUGUUACUUUGUUACGGUUCCACCAGCCUAGCUACAGCCAGUCAACUGUUAAUGCCCAUUUCUCAUAUGUGUCCCAACUGGUGCACUAUGCCCUAUAUAGUCCACUACUUUUAACCAGAGCCUUAUGGCCCUUGAUUAAAAGUAGUGGUCUGUAUAGGCCCUAUAUAGUGAAGGGAAAAAAAAGUCUAAUGGGCCCUGGUCAAAAGUAUUGCACUACAGAGAAUCGAGUGCCAUUUGAGAGACAGCCCUUGUGUUCGACUGUCUCAGACAGCCCUGACCCUAGCUGGUCUACUGACCUGUCUCAGACAGCCCUGACCCUAGCUGGUCUACUGACCUGUCUCAGACAGCCCUGACCCUAGCUGGUCUACUGACCUGUCUCAGACAGCCCUGACCCUAGCUGGUCUACUGACCUGUCUCAGACAGCCCUGUACACAGGAUGUUUGGUCAAAUGUUAGCAUUGUAAUAUUAGAAUGUUUAUAAUAUACCUGGCGUAAUAGUGGAAUGACAGUGUUGAGCCUUUUGUUUGUUUUGGUACACUAGCUUCAAACAGCUGUAAAAACUAUAUUGUUUUGUUAUUGACAAGAUAUUUCUGUGAUUUUUAGACGGUAUAAUGAUUCCCUACGCUAUUCAGUGCUUGUUUUUGCACAAAACUAAAAGUGUAGGAUUUUAGCAACCAGGAAAUGAGAAGGAUUUGUACUAGAUGACUGCUGGAGUCAGAGCAGCUUUCCCAUUUUUGACAACCGAUGCCGCUCCGGUGGGAGAAAUCAAUAGGCCAAUAUCCACCAUUGUUGUGAUUGGCUGUGAUAAGUAACACUGGUGAAAUACUCCUAUUAGCGCCAGCUAUAUUAUGAACGUUUUCUGAAAUUAUUAAAAUCCUGUGUAGCACUUUUUAUAACAUGAUAGAUGGCAGGAGUUUUAGGUUCACCAGAUCCUGAGAGAGAUUUAUUUUUCAUCAAUUAGUUAUAUUAAUCAAUGUGACCAAUCAAGCAUAACUCAAAUGUAUGAUUUUAUUUAUAUAUAUAUAUAUAUAUAUAUAUAUAUAUAUAUGUAUAUGUAUGUAUGUAUGUGUAUGUAUAUGUGUAUGUAUGUGUGUGUGUGUGUGUGUGUGUGUGUGUUUAUCCUGUGAAAUGUUAGGACAAUUGUAAAAAAAAAUAUUUGAUGGAAAUAAAAGAGGUGCCAUGCUUGCUCAAAGUUAA